UGCAUCAGUUGCCUGCCUAAGGGACACUUGGAGGAUGAUAUAUAGUAGUAGGUCUCUGUAACUGUCUUAGAUAUGUUGAAAAUCAGAUUAAAUUACAGGUCUUAGCAGUUAUAUAACUCUUAGAAUCUUCUGUUUGUAUAAUGGAAUAAUCCUUUUAUGUACUUCUGAAGCUGCCUUAAAGUAUUUCUGCAAGUUUAUCAUUAAACUGGAAUGUAUCUACAGAUCAACAUAGAUAAAUAUUUUGCUGUGAUUAUUUUUGGAAAAUCUAGCAAAGAGUAAAGCAGCUAUUUGGAAGAUAUCCAUUCCUGCCUAAAACCAAAGAGAAGCAGAAUUCUUAAGGACAAAAAAAAUAAAUAAAUCUGAGUAAGCAACUUCACACCACCUCCUGCUUCCACUGCUUCAGCAAGAUAUCUGAGUAAAUCCUCUUCAAUCAUUUGUUGCUACACUAAAGAGAGAGAGAAUUCCAUAGCCUGGAUAUUAUUGUUGGGCUCCUUUGUCCAAAAUGAAAACCUGUGGACCAUCUUUGUCAUUUGUUCGGUGCCUUUUCCGGAGAAAAAUUAUCACUUCAGACAGCCUUGAAGAUUCCAAAUUAUGUCGCUGUUUAUCCACCGUGGACCUUAUUGCACUAGGAGUAGGAAGUACGCUGGGAGCUGGUGUUUAUGUCCUUGCUGGAGAAGUUGCAAAAGCAAAUUCUGGACCUAGUAUUGUUGUUUCUUUCCUCAUUGCUGCUUUAGCUUCUGUGAUGGCAGGCCUUUGUUAUGCAGAGUUUGGUGCUCGUGUUCCAAAGACUGGUUCUGCCUAUUUAUAUACCUAUGUCACCGUUGGUGAACUCUGGGCUUUUAUCACUGGCUGGAAUCUCAUUUUGUCCUAUGUUAUAGGUACAGCAAGUGUAGCAAGAGCAUGGAGUGGCACCUUUGAUGAACUCCUUGGGAAACAAAUUGGUUACUUUUUUAAAGCUUACUUCAGAAUGAAUUAUUCUGGUCUUGCCGAGUAUCCAGAUUUUUUUGCAGUCUGUCUUAUAUUGCUCCUAGCAGGUCUGUUAUCAUUUGGAGUAAAGGAAUCUGCAUGGGUGAAUAAAAUCUUCACUGGGAUUAACAUCUUGGUCCUUCUCUUUGUCAUGACUUCUGGCUUUGUGAAAGGAGAUAUUGGUAACUGGAAGAAAACUGAAGAAUUUCUUAUAAACUACACAAUAGAGAUAAAAAAUGUAUCGUAUUUUGAGAAUGUAACAAGUGCAUUUGGAGUUGGUGGUUUUAUGCCAUAUGGCUUUACUGGAACGCUGGCUGGUGCUGCAACCUGCUUUUAUGCUUUCAUAGGAUUUGAUUGCAUUGCAACAACUGGGGAAGAAGUCAAAAAUCCCCAGAAAGCCAUACCUAUUGGAAUUGUAACUUCCCUGCUGGUCUGUUUUAUGGCCUAUUUUGGGGUUUCAGCUGCUUUAACUCUUAUGAUGCCAUACUACCUAAUAGAUGAGAAAAGCCCGCUUCCUGUAGCAUUCGAAUAUGUUGGAUGGGGCCCAGCAAAAUAUGUUGUAGCAGUGGGAUCUCUGUGUGCUUUGUCAACAAGUCUCCUUGGAUCCAUUUUCCCAAUGCCACGUGUAAUCUAUGCUAUGGCGGAGGAUGGGUUGCUUUUCAAAUAUCUAGCUCAGAUCAAUCCCAAAACGAAGACUCCACUUGUUGCUACUUUAUCAUCGGGGGUUGUAGCAGCUAUAAUGGCUUUUCUCUUUGACCUAAAAGCCCUAGUAGAUAUGAUGUCCAUUGGUACACUUCUUGCGUACUCACUGGUAGCAGCUUGCGUUCUUAUUCUCAGGUACCAACCUGGUUUAAAUUAUGAGCAACCAAAAUAUUCAGAAGAAAAAGAAGCUCUUGCUGGACCAGAAAGUAAAUGUACAAGUGAAUCCCAAAUUAGCAUGAUACCAGGGCAGAGGUUUAGCCUACAAAUACUGUACAAUCCAUCCAGUUUGCCAACUGAACAGUCUGCUGCCAUGGUUAGCAUUCUUGUAGGUCUGCUGGCUCUCCUGGUCUGCGGCUUAAGCAUUCUGACCACUUAUGGGAUUCGUUUUCUUGCCAAUCUGGAGCUUUGGAGUAUCUGCCUCCUCCUAGCUCUUUUUGUACUAUUUGUCACCACGACACUUUUCAUCUGGAGGCAACCUCAGAAUCAACAGAAAGUGGCAUUCAUGGUUCCACUCUUGCCAUUUUUGCCAGCUUUGAGUAUCUUGGUGAAUAUUUACUUGAUGGUGCAGCUUAGUGGAGAGACUUGGGUCCGGUUUAGCAUUUGGAUGGCACUUGGUUUUUUUAUUUACUUCGUUUACGGUGUGCGACACAGUGUGGAAGGCCAUCCUAGGGAGGACGAUGAGGAUGAGGAUGAUGACACCUGCUCAGAAAAAAGUGGCACUCCAGAAAAGAUCUAUGUGGGAGAUCCAAAUAAGCAUGAAAAUGCAAGUGAAAGUGCUCAGUUUAUUGCCCAUGAAAGGACAAGUGAAUGUUAACAAUUGCCAGCUAUUAUAGCAUAUAUAUCUUUUGAGCAGUGAACUGUAACAGAAUGGAGUUACUGGGACAAAUACAUGUUCUUGCAAGAUUAUUAGUAAUCUACUUACACCUUUUGGAAACACCUACCAUCAGACUUGGAACAGUGAUCUAGAUUGCUACCAUUUCCUUACCAGCAUCCUGCAACUUUAAUUAGCAGAACACCCUGCAGCUGAUUCAUCAGGAGUACCUAACAGUGGGGAGCUGAACAAUUUGAUUUGUGUUAUUUGGGCACAUGUGUUUUUGUUUCUGUACUUAUAUAAUAUCCUAUAGCUGUCGAAUAACAACAUAGCCAGGUUUUUUUUUCAACCUCUCUACAUUCACAGAAAUGUUAAUUGUUGGAAAUUUAUGUUAAAAAUACAACAGCUUAGGUGAGUAGGAAAGUAAUAAGUAUGGCAGAAAUUUAGUCUCAAUUAUGGUAUAUGUUAACUUUUGAUAUUCUUUAUCUGCAAAUUAUGUAAACCAUGAGCAUCCUUCUGAAAAGGCAUUAUAUUUAAGACUAGGCUCAGUGAGUUAACACUGCAGAACCAAAGGCUGGCUCUUCUGUUCAUCCCAGAAAAGCCAGCCUGUGUGGUUUUGGACAAGCUGCACAGUCCCAGG